AUGCCUCCCACUCCCGGCUCUCCGGGGGGCCAAAAGCCCCCACCUCCCACCUCCAGCAGAAAUCCCUACCGCCAGCGCCUUCGCUCCCGCCCAAUCCGGGAGCUCCGCAGGGCGCGGCCGCCGGGGCACUCUGCCCUGCCCAGCCAGGGCCGGGAGCACCGAGCCGGGUCGGAAAUGACAAAUGCCUCGGCGCCUGCGACCUCCGGGCAGUUCGAGGUUCCGCCUGAUGAGCGAGCGGCUGCCGACGCGGCCGCCUUACUCUCCUCAGGGCUGCCGCUGUUGCUGCCGUUGCUGCUACUGCUUCCCGGACAGCCUGCCGCCGACACUACCACCGCCGCCGCCGCCACAGCCACAGCCACACGCCGCCCCCUAUCGCCCGCGCGGCGCCCUUGCCCCGCCUCCGGCUCUCGCGGGCCGCCGGGCUUUCCCUCGUCCCACUGGGAAGCGCCUCGCGACGCGGCUCCACGGGACCGCGUGCCAGGAUCGACAAGUGCGGUGCCUCGAGGCCGCAAAGGUAACUGGGUGCCGAGGCAGAGUUGCGCCACACGUAGCGCCGCCCCUUACAUACACACACCCACGGCCGAGCGACCACGGGGAGCCCGGGCCGCGAUACUGAGCGAGGAAGGUGCGGACGAGGAGGGGCGGCGUUUGUCUCCUCCUGCUUGCCGUAGGACGUGGACCGCUGGAAGCCCCAGGAGUGGAGUGGCCUUUCCCAAACCUGGAGUCGCCCCGCCCCCUCCUUGGCAAGCCCGUUACCCGAACCCUGGGACGGCCGCCACCUUAGGAAAUAGCUCAGGGCUUGUCAUUAGAGCCACGGCUGCCUGGACACCCUUUGUCCAAGAGAAGUUAGCUUGCCUCUCACCCUUGGCUUUUCCGCUCUGAGGCUGCGGAAGGCAAUACUCUUGAGUCAUCUGAACUGUCUAAGCGGUCAUGGUAAAAGACCCUCGCCUCAGUAGGUGGCUUUUUUGCAAGGAUCAUUCCAGGGAGGAAGAGUGUGGGCGGAACCUGAUGUCCACAUGCAGUGCCUGUACUGUGCCAAAUGCCUCACCGCGUUACCUUUUUUAUUUAGCCCUCACACCAAGCAAGGCGAACUACAAAGCAGCUGCUACCUUAUUUUAGACAACCUAGUUUUCUGGUGCUGAAUCUCAACCUUUUCCUUUUGUCAAGAGCAAGC